GUUGCGGGGCUCCUUUCCCCGGCGUGCGCGGAGCCCCGGAGAGGGAUUCCCUGUUGCGCCUCCGGACCGGGACGAUGCUGCUGCGGCCCCUCCUGCAGAGAGCCCUGCCCAGGGUGGGGCUGCGAUGGCAACACCGUGUGUCUGUGGAGGUGGCCAACGAACCUAUCUUGGAGUUCAGGCCGGGGAGCCCCGAGCGACUGGCUCUCCAGAAGGCCCUGAACGACUUGAAAGACAAGACCGAAGCCAUCCCCUGUGUCGUGGGGGGUGAAGAGGUUUGGACGACGGACGUGCGGUAUCAAGUGUCGCCUUUUAAGCAUUCACACAAAGUGGCCAAGUACUGCUAUGCGGAUAAGGACUUGCUGAACAAAGCCAUCAAUGCCGCAGUGGCCUCACGGAAGGAGUGGGACCUUCGGCCCAUCCAAGACCGGGCCCAGAUUUUUUUCAAAGCAGCUGACAUGUUGAGUGGGCCCAGGAGGGCGGAAGUGCUGGCGAAGACCAUGAUCGGGCAGGGCAAAACGGUCGUUCAGGCGGAGAUCGAUGCGGCUGCUGAACUGAUCGACUUCUUCCGCUUCCAUGCCAAGUAUGCCAUAGAGCUGGAGCAGGAGCAGCCCCUCAGCGUGCCCCCCAGCACCAACAGCAUGGUGUAUCGGGGGCUGGAGGGUUUCGUUGCUGCCGUCUCUCCCUUUAAUUUCACUGCCAUCGGAGGAAACCUGGCAGGGGCUCCGGCUUUGAUGGGUAACGUGGUUCUCUGGAAACCCAGUGACACGGCGAUCCUGUCGAGCUACGCCAUUUACAAGCUCCUCUUGGAAGCCGGCCUCCCUCCCAACAUUAUUCAGUUUGUCCCAGCCGAUGGCCCUGUUUUCGGAGACACAGUGACGGCCUCGGAGCACUUCUGUGGGCUCAACUUCACCGGCAGUGUCCCAACCUUCAAGCACCUCUGGAAACAGGUCUCUGAAAAUCUGGACCGAUACCGUACGUUCCCACGGCUGGCUGGAGAAUGUGGCGGGAAGAACUUCCAUUUUGUGCACGCCUCGGCCGAUGUGCCCAGUGUGGUGAGCGGGACGCUGCGCUCCGCCUUCGAGUACGGCGGCCAGAAGUGCUCAGCCUGUUCUCGCCUUUACGCCCCCGAUUCUCUGUGGCCCCGCAUCAAAGGCAUGCUCCUGGAGGAACACCAGAAGAUCAAAGUGGGAGACCCCGUAGAAGAUUUUGAAACGUUUUUUUCUGCUGUGAUCGACCAGAAGUCUUUCAAGCGCGUCCAGAAGUGGAUCAAACAUGCCGAGACUUCCCCCAAGCUCCACGUCCUUGCUGGGGGUAAAUGCGACGACACCGUUGGGUAUUUUGUCCAGCCGUGCAUAAUUGAAACCCAGGAUCCGAAAGAUCCCAUCAUGCAGGAGGAAAUCUUUGGCCCUGUCCUGACAGUCUAUGUGUACCCAGAGAAGCAAUACCAGGACGUCCUCCGGCUAAUAGACAACACUUCUCCCUACAGCCUCACGGGGGCAGUCUUUGCCCAGGAUAAAGCUGUGAUUGCUGAAGCAAGGAAAAUUCUCCACAAUGCAGCGGGCAAUUUCUACAUCAAUGACAAGUCGACCGGCUCAGUGGUAGCCCAGCAGCCCUUCGGGGGUGCUCGUGUCUCAGGAACCAACGACAAGCCUGGGAGCCGUCUCUAUGUGUUGCGCUGGACAUCUCCCCUGGCCAUCAAGGAGACUCACGUGCCCUUGGGGGACUGGAAGUACCCAUAUAUGCAGUGAGGCCCCCUCCCCAGUGCCUUUCUGGCAAAUGCCACGGCUGUAUUACUGGCGCGAUUGCCAACCUGUUACAGGCUUCACCGUAGCCCAUUUCUGAAGAUGCACAGUAGGAUGUAUAAGCUGCAUCUCUUCCCCAAUCCCCAGCAUCACUUCAGACACCAGGUCCUCACUUGGAGAGUCUUUCGACUAAUGGUAACAAAACUGAUUUGUCCUACCACCCCAGAUGUUUACAUUGCGUCCAUUGUUACUGAAGAGGUCCGGAUGAAUUUCUGAAUCAAGCCAAAUGAACUACUGUUGAGGCAGAUCUGAGUUCCUAAAAUGCUUGACCCCUCUUUUGCUCAUCCUAAAUGGUGCACCCCCAAUUUGGGGAUUGGUUCUCCAGCAAACAGGACUCAGCAAAAUUGGGUUUGCCUGCUCACCCCAAGCUGGCUCCCUGCAAACAUCAAAUGUGCCGAUGGAAGGAAUAGGCUGUAACUGCUUCGAAGAACCAUCAAGAACUGGAAAUAAUGUUAAGAGAAUCACAGCAGUUCAUAGCAGGAAAGAAGGCCAAGCUGAAAUCUCAUGAGUUUCUGGGUGGGGCUGUCUCCAAAAUAGCACUCUUUCCCUAUUGGUCAAUACAGGGUGUUUCUCUUUGGCUCUGAGCAAGACAGCUCUUUCCUUAAGCAAAAAAGGGAUGGAUGUUGCGGGCUCAGGCAUGGUUGGAUAAUGUUUUAAUAAGGGAGGUAGUCCAGCGGUUUUAUUGGCCUGCGUUUUGGCUUCAGCACUUUAAAACUAGCAAAAGUGUGUGUUGAAAAUUUGAUACCAGUUUUAAAGAUUGGAUAAGAAACACAGGCAUAGUUUCAAACACUGAGGCUGUUCGCCUACGUCAAGACUACUGGUUAAAAUGCAGUGCUGAAAUGGAUUGUGUGUCCUCCACGUGCGCAUGGUGCUAAGCUGCUAGUGGCCAUGGAAAUGAAGUUGGAGCCACCAAAUCCUCAGAGUCCACGGAGUGACCUUGGCUUGAAGGCCUCAAACUCCUUUUCCUACAGUUUGAAGCUGGGAGCUUUCCUGUCUCUCAGACGUGUUAAACUGCUCAUCUGGUGCCUUCUGCUUGCACAGCCGUUCUCUUGCUCUUGGGAUGGCUGUGUGGGUACCAGCGAGGCCCUGCCCUGCCCUGCCCAGAAGGGUAGAAACCUCAAACCUCCGAGAAGAACGGUCCUCUAGACCUUUUAUUGCACAAACCGGAGCUUUGGCAUCUCUGCAAAGUGCCCUUUUGUGUCAGUUUUAUCCCGGCUCAGGACGUUCUGUGGCUGCUGUGUCAAGCGGAAAGUGUCAACACUAGGUUUACUUCGUGGGCUGGGGGCACAACUUCCCGUUCCUUUGAUCAGCCAACUCCCAGGUUACAUAGAAGUAAAACUGAUUCCCUUUGGGCCUGUUACAUAGUAAGUAUGUUUUUACCAGCUUCUCCCUGGGAGAACGUCUACUAGGUGGAUGCAGAAGGAUGUUGCUUGCGACAGGCUGUUUGUGCUCCUUCGGUCUCUACUGCUAAUAAAGGAUUUGAAAAAUAAUACUCCGAA